GCGGCGUCGGUGGAAGCGCUCGUCUGCGGCCGGCUGCGCCUCCUGAGAAGGAAAAAUAUAAGAAUGGCUAGCACGGCGGCGGGCGCGACGGCUCGGCUCGCGGUGGACACCGAGGCUCCGGCGGCGUGAGGUCUUGGUAUUUUGGAAGCUACAAGAAAAAAGAUUAAGGAAAGGAUUGGCCUCUUUUGUGGACAUGGCUCAGAUUUCCAACAACAGUGAAUUUAAUCAGUGUUCAUCUUCACAUCUGGAACCAAUGCAGACAAAAGAUGUGGACAAAGCAGAAGCCUUGCAGAUGGAAGCAGAGGCCUUAGCAAGACUGCAGAAGGACAGGCAGGGGACUGAUAGCCAGAGAGGCUUGGAGUGGUCCAGCAGUACAAGACAAAGAUCACAAGGUUUUCAUGCACAGGAGUAUGAUCUCAUGGUGUUUCCUGAAUCUGAUUCCCAAAAGAAAGGAGUAGAUAUCGAUGUAGAAAAGCUCACCCAAGCCGAGCUUGAGAAGUUACUGCUGGACGACACCUUUGAGACUAGAAAAGCCCCCAUGUUGCCAGUUGCUCCCGUUGUCAGCCCUUCCUUUUCAGCACAGCUCUAUCUCAGACCUACUGUAGUUCAAAGAGGACAAUGGCCCCCUGGAUUAUCUGGGCCUUCCACUUACACUUUACCUUCUGUUUAUCCUUCAGUUUACAGUAAACAGGCCACAUUCCAGAAUGGCUUCAAUCCGAGGAUGCCUACUUUUCCAUCUACAGAACCUUUAUAUUUAAGACUUCCAGGACAGUCUCCAUACUUUUCAUGUCCUUUGACACCUGGCACACCAGUUCAUCCACAAGGAAGCUUACCCAUCUAUCGGCCUCUAGUCAGUCCUGACAUGGCAAAACUAUUUGACAAAAUAGCGAGUACAUCCGAAUUUUUAAAAAAUGGGAGAGCAAGGACUGAUUUGGAGAUAACACAUUCACAGCCCUCAAUCAGCAGUCUACAGGUAUCUCCAAAGACUGAGGACAUCAGUAAAUUUGACUGGUUAGACUUGGAUCCUCUAAGUAAGCCCAAGAUGGACAGUGUGGAGUUAUUAGAUCUAGAAGAAGAGAAAAAGAUCCCAAGUUUGCUAGCAGAGGACCCUUGGGAUGCUGUUCUUCUUGAAGAGAGGUCUCCAGCAAGUUGUCAACUAGGAAGAAAGUCCAAUGGAACAUCCCUUUCUGGGGCAACUGUAACCAGGAGCCAGUCUUUAAACAUUCGGACAGCUCCACUAACAAAAGCACAGAGCCAUCUAUCUCAGAAAGACCCAAAUGGGACCAGUAGUUUGCCAACUGGAAGUUCUCUUCUACAAGAACUUGAAGUACAGAAUGAGGAGGUGGCAGCUUUUUGUCAAUCCAUUAUGAAACUGAAGACCAAAUUUCCAUAUACCAAUCACUGCACAAAUCCAGGCUAUUUGUUAAGUCCAGUCACGGUGCAGAGAAACAUAUGUGGAGAGAAUGCCAGUGUGAAGGUCUCUAUUGAAAUUGAAGGAUUUCAACUACCAGUUACUUUUACUUGUGACGUGAGUUCUACUGUAGAAAUCAUCAUCAUGCAAGCCCUUUGCUGGGUGCACGAUGACUUGAAUCAAGUAGAUGUUGGCAGCUAUGUUCUGAAAGUUUGUGGGCAAGAGGAGGUUCUGCAGAAUAAUCACUGCCUUGGAAGUCAUGAACAUAUUCAAAAUUGUCGAAAAUGGGACACAGAGAUUAAAUUACAACUCUUGACCUUCAGUGCAAUGUGCCAGAAUCUGGCCCGAACAGCAGAAGAUGAUGAAGCACCUGUGGAUUUAAACAAAUACUUGUAUCAAAUAGAAAAACCUUACAAAGAAGUCAUGACAAGACAUCCUGUUGAAGAACUCUUAGAUUCUUACCACAACCAGGUGGAGCUGGCUCUUCAAAUGGAAAACCAGCACCGAUCUGUUGAUCAAGUGAUUAAAGCUGUAAGAAAAAUCUGUGGUGCUCUGGAUGGAGUGGAGACCCCUGCCAUCACAGAGGCAGUGAAGAAGCUGAAGCGAGCAGCUAACCUGCCAAGGAAUAAAAGUGCUCAUGUGACUUCGUUAUCUGGAGGAGAUAUUAGCAGGAACUCAGCCAGAGGCUCACUGAAUUCUGAAAAUCCUGUUCAAGUAAGCAUGGACCAGUUAACUGCAGCAAUUUAUGAUCUUCUCAGGCUCCAUGCAAAUUCCAGUAGGAGUCCUGUAGACAGUACCCAGAGUAGCAGGGGCAGUAGGGAAGCGUGGACUACAACAGAACAGCUCCAGUUCACUGUCUAUGCUGCACACGGAAUUUCCAGCACCUGGGUAUCAAAUUUUGAGAAGUACUAUCUGAUAUGCUCCCUGUCUCACAAUGGGAAGGAUCUUUUUAAACCUAUCCAGUCAAAGAAGGUUGGCACCUACAAGAAUUUCUUCUAUCUUAUUAAAUGGGAUGAACUAAUCAUUUUUCCUAUCCAGAUAUCACAGUUGCCAUUAGAAUCACUUCUUCAUCUUACUCUGUUUGGAAUUUUAAAUCAGAGCAGUGGAAGCUCCCCUGAUUCUAAUAAGCAAAGAAAGGGACCAGAGGCUUUGGGCAAAGUUUCUUUACCUCUUUUUGACUUUAAACGGCUUUUAAUGUGUGGAACUAAACUUCUGUAUCUUUGGACUUCAUCCCAUACAAAUUCUAUUCCUGGAACAAUCCUCAGAAGAGGAUGUGUCAUGGAGAGAAUUGUGCUACAGAGCAUGGAUAUAAAGUCGUCAGGUAGAUUUCAAUGGCUUUCUAAAGAAGAUAAAGUCUUUCUGUGGGAGAAACGCUACUAUUGCCUCAAACAUCCAAAUUGUCUUCCUAAAAUACUAGCAAGUGCCCCAAACUGGAAAUGGGUUCAUCUUGCCAAAAUUUACUCAUUGCUUCACCAGUGGCCGCCAUUGUGUCCCCUGACUGCCUUGGAGCUUCUUGAUUCAAAAUUUGCCGAUCAGGAAGUACGAUCCCUAGCUGUGAGCUGGAUCGAGGCCAUUAGUGAUGAUGAGCUAACAGAUCUUCUCCCCCAGUUUGUACAGGCUUUGAAAUAUGAAAUUUACUUGAAUAGUUCAUUAGUACACUUCCUUCUGUCCAGGGCAUUGGGAAAUAUCCAGAUAGCACACAGUUUGUAUUGGCUUCUCAAGGAUGCCCUGCAUGAUACACAGUUUGGAAGCAGAUACGAACAUGUGCUGGGUGCGCUCCUCUCAGUAGGAGGAAAAGGACUCAGAGAAGAACUUUCUAAGCAGAUGAAACUUGUACAACUCUUAGGAGGAGUAGCAGAAAAAGUAAGGCAGGCUAGUGGAUCAACUAGACAGGUUGUCCUUCAAAGGAGUAUGGAGCGAGUGCAGUCCUUUUUUCUGAGAAACAAGUGCCGUCUUCCUCUCAAACCAAGUCUGGUAGCAAAAGAAUUAAAUAUCAAGUCCUGUUCAUUCUUCAGUUCUAAUGCUGUGCCUCUGAAAGUCACAAUGGUCAAUGCUGAUCCUCUGGGGGAAGAAAUUAAUGUCAUGUUUAAGGUCGGUGAAGAUCUCCGGCAAGAUAUGUUAGCUUUACAGAUGAUAAAGAUUAUGGAUAAGAUCUGGCUUAAAGAGGGACUGGAUCUGAGGAUGGUAAUAUUCAGAUGUCUGUCAACUGGCCGAGAUCGAGGCAUGGUGGAGCUAGUUCCUGCUUCAGACACGCUCAGGAAAAUCCAAGUGGAAUAUGGAGUGACGGGAUCCUUUAAAGAUAAACCACUUGCAGAGUGGCUGAGGAAGUACAAUCCUUCUGAAGAAGAAUAUGAAAAGGCUUCCGAGAACUUUAUCUAUUCUUGUGCUGGAUGCUGUGUAGCCACCUACGUCUUGGGUAUUUGUGACCGACACAAUGACAACAUAAUGCUCCGAAGCACGGGACACAUGUUCCACAUUGACUUUGGAAAGUUUUUGGGCCAUGCCCAGAUGUUUGGUAGCUUCAAAAGGGAUCGAGCUCCUUUUGUGCUUACCUCUGACAUGGCGUAUGUCAUCAAUGGCGGUGAAAGGCCCACCAUUCGUUUCCAGUUGUUUGUGGACCUCUGCUGUCAAGCCUACAACUUGAUAAGAAAGCAAACAAACCUCUUUCUUAACCUCCUUUCCCUGAUGAUUCCUUCAGGGUUACCAGAACUCACAAGCAUUCAGGAUUUGAAAUAUGUUAGAGAUGCAUUACAGCCCCAAACCACAGAUGCUGAGGCCACAAUUUUCUUCACUAGGCUGAUUGAGUCAAGUUUGGGUAGCAUCGCCACGAAGUUUAACUUCUUCAUUCACAACCUUGCUCAGCUGCGUUUUUCUGGCCUGCCUUCUAAUGAUGAGCCCAUCCUUUCAUUUUCACCAAAAACAUACUCUUUUAGACAAGAUGGUCGAAUCAAGGAAGUCUCUGUUUUCACAUAUCAUAAGAAAUACAACCCAGAUAAACAUUAUAUUUAUGUAGUCCGAAUCUUAAGGGAAGGGCAGCUUGAACCGUCCUUUGUAUUCCGGACAUUUGAUGAGUUUCAGGAACUUCACAAUAAGCUCAGCAUCAUUUUCCCACUUUGGAAGUUACCUGGAAACAGUUAUUUACAGAGUUUGAUGAGUGCGUCAACAGAUGUAGCAGAGUGUGAUCUUGUUUGUACUUUUUUCCACCCCUUACUUCGUGAUGAGAAGGCUGAAGGAAUAGCUAGGUCUGCAGGUGAAGGUCCCUUCAGCCCUACUCCAGGCCAGAUAGGAGGAGCAGUGAAGCUGUCUGUCUCGUACCGAAAUGGCACCCUUUUCAUCAUGGUGAUGCACAUCAAAGAUCUGGUUACAGAAGAUGGGGCUGACCCAAAUCCAUAUGUCAAAACAUACCUACUUCCAGAUACCCACAAAACGUCUAAACGUAAAACCAAAAUUUCAAGAAAAACUAGGAAUCCAACAUUCAAUGAAAUGCUUGUGUACAGUGGAUAUAGCAAAGAAACCUUGAGGCAGAGGGAACUUCAGCUGAGUGUGCUCAGUGCAGAGUCUCUGCGGGAGAAUUUCUUCUUGGGUGGAAUAACUCUACCUUUAAAAGAUUUCAACUUGAGCAAAGAGACAGUUAAGUGGUAUCAGCUGACUGCAGCAACUUACCUGUAAACCAGUGGAUUUCUGAGCUUUGGAAGCAAGAAGUUAUGAGUGUGUGCAUACACUUGGGAACAUUGUAUAUUUUUAUACUUGGACAGAAAUUAUAAACUUUAAUAUACUUGCUGCAUUUCAACACAUCUGUUGGACCAACAGUCACAUAACUUUUAUAGAUCUUUGGGAAGCCGUCACUAUUUUGAAGUGAUUAUGCAGAAUGCUAGCGUCCCAAACUUGUAACGUAGUAAGUGCUGAAGAAGACUUUACGACACUGCUGUCAUUUCGGCCACCUUUUUCCUAUUUGUUUCCUGCUAUGCACCUCACAGCCCUUACCACUGUGUACGCUCACGGACACCAAAGGAAAAGGAAGAUGUGAAUGUCCCAUAAAAUGCAGCUGCUGUUCAACAGGCUGAGAAGCAAAAAGCACAAAUAGUACACAGAAUGUUACAAACUACUAAGUAGUACACAGAAGUAGAGAAAAACAUACUGUUUUUUAUUCAUUGCAAAAGCCUUUUUCAGAACGAGUGCCGUCACUGAAGUGUGUGGUGGUGCCUUACUUAGCUUCUCAUGCUUCGCUGGCACUUCAUUUCUGGUUUUUUUCUGACUUGAUAAACAGUAAGCCGUUUUCACUCUCACCUGAGGACAAACUCUGUGCUUUUCCCACAAAAAUACUAUUUUCUCUACUUCUGAUGUGUGACUUAGUUAUUUUAACUAUUAAGCCAUUGAUUUAAGGUUUUGAUGUAGUUGUACUCUAAAUUCUAUCAUUCCAUUGUAACCCUACAUUUAUGUGCAGGGGUGUGAAUUGAAGUUGAAUUUCAUUUCUAUGUAUUUAUACUUCAAUCCCUCAUGAAACAGUGGACACUGUUCACCCUGUGCCCAUUUCUACUUGGUAAGAGGCCCAGGAUAAAGAUUGUAGGGUCCAAACUGAAUUCUAAUAUAGGCAUUUAUGGACGGUAUCGUAUAAACUAUCUUACACUUGUAAACAUUGUACAUUCAUAUGAAAGAAUUAUUUUCUGAAUAGUCAAUUUCAGAAUUACAAAGAAGUUUGAAGUUACUGUGCAGUAACCAUUAAGAGUAAGAUUAAUUUUAUUAGUUGUUCAAUUUCAGACAUAAGUUUAAUUUUGGUAAACAUGUAUAUGUUUCGUGAUUAGAAUAGAAAUUCAAACAUUUUUAAAGUGGUAACAAGAUGUAUCAAAUCUGGUUGUUGUGAGAAAACCAACAAAAUACUUAGUGAAAUACCAGGAGAGAAGACAAUCUCUUAUUCAGCUUGACAAAAUGAAAUAUUUAUGAACUCUACAAACUGAUUAACAGAAAUGAUACUUGUAGAGCUGAAUUAAAGAGUUAAGGGUGGUAUCAUAGUAAUAGAUUUAAGAAACAAACUUGAAAUUUCUGGUGCCUAACAAGAUGGACCAUUUGUGGGGAAGCCUGUGAGUGUGAUGAUUCAAUGUCUCUAUUAAAGCAUUCUGUCUGUUUGCUAAAUGAAUUAAAAUGCAAAUCAAAGCACCACCAUUUGCUUUUUCCACAAUUAUUUCCUUAAAUUGUAUAAUUAGCUUUGCAAAUGUAAAGUAGCAGUAGAAAGUCUUAGAUUUUUUUAGAUCAAUUCCAUUUCACCUGUUUAAAAAAGCACUGUCUUUGUAAAAGGUCAUUGUUAACUGGACUCUGCCUUCUGUAGUCUGUUUCAGUGUGUCUUAAUUUAGCACAAAUUAAUACAGCUAGAAAAUGCAGUGUCCCUUUUCAGUGACAAGAAAUCUGGAUUCAUAUCUGAAAGUAUAUAUUAUGAUUAAUACUGUAUAGCUAAUGAAUUCAGAACAAAAGGUAAUAUUUUAAUUUAACUAACUUUGUGCCUUCUUUGUUCAUUAGAACACAUAUGUUUUAAUAAGUUAUUUCUUUGUGAAAUGCUAAUCUUCAGCCCAUACCAAAAGCCAACAGGAGGGUAAGAGCAAGUAGCCUAUUUGCACUACUGCUGCAGCCGGUCAUCAAUCAGCUGGAUUUUAAGACCAUUUUCAAGGUUACCUUAAAAUAAAUCUGAAAAACAGAAAUAGCCAGGACACUAAUUUUUAUGUUUAAGCACAUUUUAUAACUAUCUUUACUGAGUAAGAUGAACCCUGGUGCAUAUGAGUCCUGUACCAGAAUUCUUUCUUCUUGACAGUGUUCUGGGAUUUGAAGAUGAUGGUUCAUCCCAAGAACAUACUGUUUUCUCUGAAGAGCCCAACAAGAACUGACACCAGUGCUUUAUCACUAUGUCUGUGUUCUAGUUACCUAAAUGUUAAGGUAUGUAUGAUCUUUGAUAAAGGAUUUCCCCUUUUCAAAUUAAAAUUAUAUAAAAGAUUCAAAAUCUUGCCUUAAACUGUUCUUUUAAAUUCUGGCAUUUAAAAACAUUCACUUUAGCUCAGAUUUUUUAAAAACCCGGAGCCCUGCUGUUACAAUCCACAGACCAGUCUGGCUUAGUGGUGCUCGCCUUUGAUCCCAGCACUGGGGAGGCAGUGGAUUUCAGAGUUCCAAGUCAGCCAGGGCCACAUACCAAAACCCUGCUCAAAAACAGAUAAUCCACAGACGUACUCACAUGCUUUUUCACUGUCAGAACAAACAUGAAUAUGGUUAACUAGUGUCGUCUGUAAGAACCAAAUACUUUGUUAUAUUACCAUAGUGAAUAAAGAUGUAUAAUAUUUUUAUUAAUACUUGGAAUAUAUUCAGUGGAUUGAAUGUGACUUUGUAACUGUACUACAAUUGUAUUAAACUAUACUAUUUCUGGAAUAAAGGAAGUCAGGUGUCA